AUGGCUUCUGCGGAGGACGUUGCCCCCUCUGGGGGCUUGGCCCUGCCGAUGCCUUUUGUGAGCUUCCUCGAGGAGAACGACGUCGACCCUUCUAUUUACUCCGCCGAGAGCUCCGUCCCCCGCUACGUCAGGUUUGGGGGAGCUGUUCCUUUCUUUCCUGCAUCUCAACUGCUUGCUUAAUUGCCCGUUCGACUCACCGAAUUCGUAAGGAGUCUCGCUCGAUGAUGUUUAGAGUCCGCAGUGGUGACGGGCCUGCGCAGUGGUCCUUUGUUUGAGAGCGGCGGAGACGUUCUCUUCUCGACAGUCUGGAACUCUGCUUGCCCCUGCUCUCAAUGAUGGAUGCUUUCUCAUUUGCUCUGAAGGGUAAAACCAGGUUGCCAGCUUGACCUCUCCGACCUCGAAGACGAGCUCCAGUGCAGAUUGGAUAGCACUGUCUGGUUGGAGGGAUUCUUUGCUAUCCCACCUCAGGUUCAAAUUGCUAGAUCAGAUGCGUACAGAAAGGGGAAGGUGACCCAUCUUUCUCGUAUGCCUCGUCCCUUUGUUGAGGCUGUGUGUUCUUCACAUGCCGAUAUCUCCUGCAGAACUCUCCUUCUUUCCUCUAAUUUUACGUUGGGUAUGGUCACUUAGAUCUAUGGAAUGGAUGCUGCAUCGGGAGCUGCUGUUGUAGCUCUGAACGUCUUGCAAGGGGAUCAUGUUCUCGAUCUCUGUGCCGCGCCAGGUGAUAUGCGCGCAUGCAUUCUCCCUCUCAUGUUGACUUCCUUCAGCUCCACCAAUUUAUCCAUUUUCGAAACGUGGGAUUCUUCUCUUGACCUGAAUUUCGUGUGUCAAUGAAUGACGAAGUAACCAUAGUCAAUAUGCAUAAUCUGUAUUGGGCUGGGUCUCUUGAAUCGUUUCCCUUCAUUAUUUCUUCACCAAAGCGUCAACUUUAGUUGAUCUUAACCUCUUCUGAGUACUGCUCAUUUACAUUUUUCCUCCCCGGUUGAGCUUCAGGGGCUAAGCUCUGCAUGAUCUCCGACCUGCUUGGCGGCUCGGGGACAAUCACUGGUGUGGAUGCAGCAAGACAUCGGUUGAACGUCUGCCGUUCGAUGCUGCUCAAGUACUCAUUGGGAGACAACUGCCGGCUGUUCUUCGCUGAUGGAACCUCCUUCUCCUUCUCCCCAAUGCCCUCUCGAGUUGACCACAGAUCAUGUAAGGGGAACUGUUUUCAAUCUUGAUGUUUUCCUGCUUGAUUCUAUCAUUUUAGUGAAAACCCUCAUUCUGAUUGACUUGGGAGACCUCUUUUGACCUUUUGAAACCUCUCAGGUUCGACAGAGAGUGAAGGGAUGACCGAAGUUUUCGAAGAAUGGUCUUCCAGAAGAACAUGGAAGGAGAGGAAAAAUGCGAAAAGGUCAACGAAGACCUGCCUAGCUUCUCCAGCUGAUGCGCCGGAGCUGAUCUUUUAUGGUAGGCUGGCAGGGGUUGUCGGUCACAGUAAAAGCGAGAUUUUCAAGCCAAGAAACGAAAGUGAGAUGUCCAUUUCUGGGUAUGACAAGGUACAUCUAAUGAACUACUACUGAUGCGUUUGAUGUUCUAUGGAUGCGUUUCACUACCUUCCUAUGUUAGGAGAUCAAAAUAUUUAUAACAAUCUGAUUAAAUUAUCACAACUUUCACUAAAUUAAAACGAGGGACGUUCUAGGAAGCGCACCUGCUUAAAAAAAUUCCUAUAACAACUGUAACCUUGAAAUUUUGUAACUGGUGUGCCCUCUCUACUUAUCCUUGAACUGAACUGUGGUGUCUCUUUGAUUUUUUUUAUUUUCUGAAGAUUCUUCUUUCAAUCUGAUUGAUUCACAAGGAUUCGGGCGAAACUGCUCUGACAUGUUCCAAUUUGUUGGUUCUUAUUUCCAAACCAUCACGAAAGUUGAUAAGCUAGAUACACUAAAUGACUUGGGGAUUCAACCCAAGUUAUUAAUCCUCAUCAGAAAAAAAAAAAAAACUUAAACCCUCCUAGAUGAUAUCAAAGUGUCCAAUCAUUUCCGGAGAUCAAGAUAUAGGGUACAAGUGGCAGGAUGUGGUUCUUUAUGAGGCGUGGUAUCUGUACAUUCUUUCAAAACACAGCUCUUCAGCUUAUAGCUUUACAGAAUCUAAGCUAACUGGACCGCUUGAUCCUCGGACAUAAUCAGUCCUCCUGAUUACUACUUUAGACCUACUGGGAUGGUUCACUCACCAUGUGAUUCAAGAACUUCCACUCUGGCCUUCUGGGUAGGUUCUUGUUGAUUCGGAAUGCACUCAUGAUGGGUCGGUUAAACACAUUCAAAAGUUUGAGCGAUGGGGUUGGGAAACUCUCCAGCGUCGAGUGUUAGAUGCACCAAGAACAGAUAACUUGACGCAACUCCAGGUAAUUUAAUUCAUAUUCGUUUCUAGUAACAGGAGUUUAGGCCAAGAUGAUUUUAACAUGUGCCUCUUGUUUUCGGCUGCAGUUGAGGCUUCUUACCAAUGGCUUCAGAUUGUUAAAAGCUGGUGGGUCGCUGGUGUACAGUACUUGCAGGUGAGAUCAAUCCCUUGCAUCCUGCUGCCACUCUGAUCCAUCACUGCCGCUUCCAAGCCCUUAGAUACUUUUGCUUUUUUAAUCAGCCUAACAGUCGCCCAGAAUGAGGAUGUGGUGGAGCGAUUCCUCUCGGAGAAUCCGUCUGCUGGUAAUUUCCCAGAUUCAGUGAUCAGGAUUCGUCAUGCAUUUCAUUCGUAUAAGUUGUUGCUACAUGUUAAUCCUUCAGUUGUCAUUAGUUCGAUAGUGAAAAAUGAUUCGGCUGAGGGUGGGGUCUGUGGUAAGAUCCAUUCAUGAGAUGGAGCAGUGAACAUUCUUUAUCAGAUUGGAUGUAGACUGUUUGCCCAGGAGAACAUAAAGGUCAACAAAGGCAAUAAAUAGCAAAAAAUACCAUAAAAAGAAAAAGUCAACCGUGGUACCUUAGUUUCAUCAAUAGUUCUCCAAAGUUGGAUCGACAAAUCUAUAAAUUUGGGAUUUUUCCACACAUUGAGACUAGAAGGAUAAAUCAAUUCACUUCUGUUAUGUACUGAAUCUAAAGAUCUUAUUCGCAUGAUUAUGACUCUUACAUGGAAAGAACAAAAAAGUCAAGCAAGGCAAUCGGUCGGAAAAAUAAAAUAAAAUAAAAAAAGUCAACAGUGCUUCCUUAGCUUCAUCCAGAGUCUCCAAAAUUUGUAUAGACAGGCCUGAAUUUGUUUUUAUCCUUGUAUGAUGCUGAGACUUCAGUAUAUGAAGAAAAAAAUCUAUGCUGUAGAGCUUAGUUUGAGAUUAUUGCCUGAGAAUUGUCAAUUUGGCCUUGUAGAUCUACAAGACGUUGAUGCUGCCAAGAACUGGCCUUGCAGGAGCGGAAAGAUCCUGAAAACCUUACGCUUCGAUCCUUCAACGUCAAGUACAAGUGGACUUUUCAUUGCGAAAAUCAUGAAGAUGCCUUGCUAG